AUGGCCGCGCUCGAGAACGCCGCGCUGGACGGUACCCUGUUCAGUAACCGCAGCAUCUCGCCAUCGCGGCACUCGGUCGACAGCCGCGACGAGGAGGACAGCGAGGACGACCUCUCGCGCCCGUCGUCGCCACUGGCCGCGGCCCCACCAGCCUCGUCGCACCCAUACGCCUCUUCCCCGUCUCCGCGCCGCAAGGGCCCCAAGACGGGCCCCAAGGGCGUCAUCGCCGACCAGCGCAGCGCAAAGGCACACGCCGCUGCACAGUCGCGUGCCGAACUCCAGUCCACGCGGGCCAGGCAGGAGAAGGGCGCUAUCACUGCGUCGACGGUCCACGACGAGGAUGUCUUGCGGUCCAAGAUGGCCGAGACGAGGAUCACGGACCAGGAAAAGCGGGAAGAAGACGACCUCGAGGCGAAGUGGCGCGCUCAGCGCAUGACAACGCUCCAAGCUGGGCGAGGGGGGUUGCGCGAGAUUGGCGCGGCGACGUUCCUCUCCACGGUGGAGAGGAAGGGCUGGGCCCUGGUGUUGAUCUACGAGCCGGACGUGGACCGGUGUCUGCCUCUGCUUGCGGAAGCGACGCGCCUCGCGCGCACGGGCACCUGUAUCGUUCGCGCCCGUGCUGGCGCCCUGGGAUUCGGCAUGCCUGCGCGUGACGAGACCGCCGCUGUGGAACUUGACGAUGACGAUGGCGAGCGCGAGGCCGACCCCGACGUCCUGCCUACGCUCCUUGCGUACAGGGAUGGCGACCUCGAGCGGACAUGGGUGCGCGUCGACUUUGAUAUCGGCGCGGACGGGCUCAGGGGGUUGCUUGCUCGUGAGGGAGUCAUCUCGGACAUCGACGACGCUUCGGAUUCGGACUCGGAUUGA